GCCUCACCUAGAUACAUCAGCAGAACUGAGGUAUUCUGUGGGCUCCCUGGUUGAUAGCCAGUCUGACUAUCGGUCAACUAAAGUGAUAAGGCGACCUAGAAGAGGCCGGAUGGGUGUACGCAGAGAUGAACCAAAGGUAAAAUCUCUUGGAGAUCAUGAGUGGAAUAGGACCCAGCAGAUUGGCGUUUUGAGCAGCCAUCCAUUUGAAAGCGACACUGAAAUGUCUGACAUCGAUGACGAUGAUAGAGAAACACUUUUCAGCUCCAUGGACCUCCUAUCACCAAGUGGCCAUUCUGAUGCCCAAACCUUGGCCAUGAUGCUUCAGGAGCAGCUAGAUGCAAUCAACAAAGAAAUCAGGUUAAUCCAAGAAGAGAAAGAGUCGACAGAACUGCGUGCCGAAGAGAUAGAGAAUAGAGUGGCCAGUGUGAGUCUAGAAGGCUUAAAUCUAGCCAGAGUCCACCAAGGUACCUCCAUUACUGGCUCAGUGACGGCAUCAUCACUUGCAAGCUCAUCUCCUCCCAGUGGACACUCAACUCCUAAACUCACUCCUCGCAGUCCAGCCAGGGAGAUGGACAGAAUGGGGGUUAUGACGCUGCCAAGUGACCUAAGGAAACAUCGGAGAAAGAUUGCAGUAGUUGAAGAAGAUGGGCAUGAAGAUAAAGCCACAAUCAAAUGUGAAACUUCUCCUCCUCCAACACCCAGAGCAAUCAGAAUGACUCAUACCCUUCCCUCUUCAUAUCACAAUGAUGCCAGAAGUAGUUUGCCUGCUUCACUGGAGCCGGAAAGCAUUGGUCUUGGCAGUGUCAAUAGCAGCCAGGACUCCCUGCACAAAGCUCCCAAGAAGAAAGGAAUCAAGUCUUCAAUAGGACGUUUGUUUGGUAAAAAAGAGAAGGCUCGACUUGGACAGCUCAGAGGUUACAUGGAAACAGAGGCAGCAGCUCAGGAAUCUCUGGGAUUAGGCAAACUUGGAACCCAAGCAGAAAAAGAUCGAAGACUAAAGAAAAACAUAUCUGGACAUGAACUUCUGGAAGAAGCUCGGAGAAAGGGUUUGCCUUUUGCACAAUGGGAUGGGCCAACAGUGGUUGCCUGGCUGGAGCUCUGGCUAGGCAUGCCAGCCUGGUAUGUUGCUGCCUGCCGUGCCAACGUGAAGAGCGGAGCUAUUAUGUCUGCUUUGUCUGAUACUGAGAUUCAAAGAGAAAUUGGAAUCAGCAAUCCUCUUCAUCGCUUAAAGCUCCGAUUAGCAAUCCAGGAGAUGGUAUCACUGACAAGUCCAUCAGCACCUCCAACAUCCAGAACACCCUCAGGCAAUGUUUGGGUGACCCAUGAAGAGAUGGAAAAUCUUGCUGCUCCAGCUAAAACGAAAGAGUCUGAAGAAGGCAGCUGGGCUCAGACCCUGGCUUAUGGCGAUAUGAACCACGAAUGGAUAGGUAACGAAUGGCUCCCCAGUCUGGGUUUACCUCAAUACCGAAGUUAUUUUAUGGAAUGCCUGGUAGAUGCGAGGAUGUUAGAUCACCUGACAAAGAAAGAUCUGCGUGUGCACUUAAAAAUGGUGGAUAGCUUUCAUCGAACAAGCUUGCAGUAUGGAAUCAUGUGUUUAAAGAGGUUGAAUUAUGAUAGAAAAGAACUGGAAAAGCGAAGAGAAAUGAGUCAGCAUGAAAUAAAAGAUGUGCUGGUAUGGAGCAAUGAUCGAGUCAUACGCUGGAUACAAGCUAUUGGCCUCCGAGAAUAUGCAAAUAAUAUUCUAGAAAGUGGUGUACAUGGUUCACUUAUAGCACUGGAUGAAAACUUUGAUUACAGCAGUUUAGCUUUAUUAUUACAGAUUCCAACACAAAACACCCAGGCACGGCAGAUCCUUGAGAGAGAAUACAACAACCUUUUAGCACUAGGAACUGAAAGACGACUUGAGGAAAGUGAUGACAAGAACUUCAGACGAGGCCCCUCCUGGCGACGACAGUUUCCUCCACGUGAGGUUCACGGGAUCAGCAUGAUGCCGGGCUCCUCAGAAACGCUGCCAGCUGGGUUCAGAUUAACCACAACAUCCGGGCAGUCGCGGAAGAUGGCAACCGAUGUUGCUUCAUCACGACUGCAGAGGUUAGACAGCUCAACAGUUCGCACAUACUCAUGCUGACAAGGCCUAGCAAAGAAGCCAGCACUGAAUUGUUAUGUCAUCUCUUUCUUCUACUUUACCUGAAGUGCACUACCACUACUUAAGAAAAAGAGCAUUAAAACUCUCUGCAAGAACAGGGUAAUAGGGAACACAAAAGGUAUCUCAGAUAGAUGUGAUGUUCCUUUCAUGUAUUGGUUAGUUUAAAAUGAGAGUAAAAAAAAAUACCUAAAUUUCUA